GCACACAUCGUCAGCUUGUGCGCAGUGUUCCGCUGGAAAGCACCCUGCUAAAAUCGCCACCAACUGUACUUUUCAACAUCACUACCGGUAAGGACAGAGGAAGAAGAAAAAAAAAGACAAUAAAAAACAUCCUUUUUCAAGAUUGUUGACGGAUCCGAGCAAGAGAGAAAACUGAUUUAGCUGAUCAGAGGGAAGAGCCACUGCAGGAAGAUGUCUCAGAGUUGUCUGAACUGUCUGAAGUACACAAUGUGUGCUGUGAACCUCGUAUGCUGGCUGUGUGGGGUUUCUGUCCUGGGUUUUGGGAUUUAUUUGAUGACAAACUCCUCGUUCUCAUCACUGAUGCCCACCCUGGCAUACCUGAAUGUACCCAACUUCCUGGUCAUCACGGGCACCAUCGUCACCUGCAUAUCCUUUCUGGGAUUCCUCGGUGCCCUCAAGGAGAAUCGCUGUCUGCUCAUCUCUUACUUUAUUCUGCUGUUUAUCCUGAUGUUGGCAGAGCUAUCCAUUGCCUGUACCCUGCUUGUAUACGAGGAAAAGUAUGAAAACUUUAUUGAGGAAGAUCUAAAGAAAAGUCUGAACCGGACCAGGGACCAGAAACAGAUAGAUUCAAAACACAUAGACGACUGGGACACAAUCCAGAGCCUGUUCCAUUGCUGUGGGGUCAACAGUUCGUCUGACUGGAAGCCCAAUGUACCUGCUUCAUGUUGCAGUACCACCUCCUGCACACCUCAGGAAUACUGGUCAGAGGGCUGCUAUAAGAAGUUCAAGAGCUGGUUCGAUAACAACUUCUUGAGCGCAGGAGCAGGCAUGAUUGGCCUCUGCAUCAUUGAGGUCCUGGGCAUGUGCUUUUCUAUGACCCUGUUCUGCCACAUCAGCCGGUCCGGACUGGGCUACAAGUAGGAGAACCUUCCCUCUCCACCUGUCCUACAGCUACACUGAAAUCAAGGAAUACCCGUGUGUGCUUUCAGUCAAAUGAACUAUAAUCUGUAUUCUAUAAUCUCAUUAGACAGCAGUGUUAGAUACUGGUUAUUACUUGAUAGAAGUGUUAUAUCCUGUUAUGUCAAUCAUCCCAGCACUUUCAUUUUAUAUCUGCUUUUAAUAAAUGUAAUAAUAAACUGAUAAUAUAAACAUUUGUAUGAUGAUAUAAAUUACAUUAUGAUGAUGUAAAGUUACAUUGCCGUGAUUGGCCAUAGAGUGUUUAACUUCAAGUGAACUUUUUUUAUGUUGAAGCUGCAGCAUAUUUCCUUUACUCUAUGAGCAUGACUGCUUUGUGCCCAUAUAUUCUGGAACGUUGGUUCACUUUGAUCCUGUUCCCAUGUUUUUAUUCUUCAUGCUGAUCUGGAAUAGAAGCCUUAUUUAUUCAACUUUGAAAGCCCAACACUUGAAUUAAACAUUGAAAUUAAAAAGGGCCACGCUUAAACAAAUUACACCGCUUGUUACAUUACAGAAUUAUUUACAUUAUUACAUAACAAACCAGAUCUGAUGAAGUUUUCUUUGAUGCAGCCAUCUGUUAAUUCCAUACCCAUGUGAUUCUCAUCCAUACCCAUGUGAAUCAUAUCCAUAUCCCUGUGAUUCUCAUGCCAUCACAUCCAUACUCCUGUGAUUCUCAUGCCAUCACAUCCAUACCCCUGUGAUUCUCAUGUGAUAAGCUUCAUACUCUUGAGAUUCCCAUUAUCUCAUGUAAUCAGCUUCAUUUUGCACUAAAACAAGUUCUCCUGAGUCAGUUAAUCUGGUCAUACAAAAUAAUACAAUUUUGAUGGCACUCGACUCACUGAAGUGGAACCUGUUGAGAUAACUGAGUUACGAAAGUCAACAUUUUAUUUUUUGAGCGUAAGAUCAAGCCCUGAUAUAUCAUAGUGUAUAUAAUAGCACACAUUAUAAUAUACUGUUGAUUUGUUUUCCAAACAUAGUUAUGUUUGCUGUAAGUAGAUAUUUAAUUUUAUUUAAUAUGAAAAUAGUAUAUUUGAAGAUCUGAAACAUCUGAAAUUAUGCAUUGGUGGUAAGAAGGACAUACAAUAAAAACAGAUUUUGGGAAAGAAAUUAUAAUUUGUCAUCAUUCACUGAGACAUAAUUAACUUGGUUUCUGUUUAUUUUCUUUUAUUAACAAUAAAGCAAGUACGUUGCAAAAAUAUUUGUUGAUUCCACUUAGUUAUCUUAUUGUAUUGACACAGUUCUCUAAAUAUAAAGUUUCGGUUUAGAGACAACCAUGCAAUUAAUCGAAUAAAGUGUUCAUUUCAAAUUG